AAUUGUGUGCUAAGGAUGCUUUAGUGCUUGCUCUUAGGAAUAAUGCCGGGCUGUUGACUAUCUGAUGCUCUGCUCUAACAUAACUGCCUGUAUACAUACAUCUGUGCUUCAUUUCUCUCUAUAACCUGCCAAUUAUAAGAUUAAGAAGUACUUAAGCCUGCUCUGUUUGUUAUAAAACAGCAACCACACUAUUGUACAUCUAUCUGCAAAGGUUGCCAGGUGUCUGCUCCCUCGGUACACUGAGCCUGGUGGCAUGGUUCCAACCUGGAAUUUAUACCUCUGAUCUUCUCCCUGCAGAGACCUAACCGGUUUAAAAACCAGAUCUUAUGUUUAUAGAAGAACAUGUUGAAGAUGAAGAUGAACCACCUUCACUGCUCAACUCCUGUGUUUUUUGUACUGCUGUGGCCAUGUGUGGUGCAGACAGCUCCGUGUCUGAUGGGUCAGGCUCAGGCAUGUGUGUGUCUACACUGUCCAGCUGGACAGGAGCCUUCCUCGGAAUGCAGUGAAGUGGAGUGUCCUGACACAGAGGUGAACUGUCAUAGUUGUCCACCAGGCACUUUCUCAAACUCCCACGGUCCGGAUCAGUGCAUUGUACACACACAAUGCAGGAGUCUAAACCGUCGCCUACUGAUGCUAGGCACAUCAGAGUCUGAUGCAGUGUGUGGCGCCUGUCUGCCUGGGUUUUCCCCUGCACUGAAAACACGGAGCUCCAACACCCAGCAUUCAUGCAUGAGAAUAUCUCUGGUGCGUUUGCGGCGUAAUGCAGGAAAGGGUGCUCGAACAGGCGGAGCCGGAUCGGGUGGAGCAGGAGUGGGCAGGGCUAACAGCACAGCUGUGCAUGCAGCAGAGGAGAAGACUACAGAGUAUGCCGUGUUUGCUCUUGUCCCUGUGUUCUGUGUGAUGGGCCUGCUGGGCAUCCUCAUCUGCAACCUGCUCAAGAAGAAGGGCUACAAGUGUGCAGCAGAGAAGGAGACUGCAGAGAGGGAGGCAGGCAUGCUGCAGAAAGAUGGUAAUACUGGCCUGUAUGUUAUAGAAGAUCAGAAUGAAGACACUAUAAGUGCACUAGUGCGCCUCAUCACGGAAAAGAAAGAAAAUGCAGCUGCCUUGGAAGAGUUGUUACUGGAAUAUGAGAAGAAGCAGACAUCUAGUAGCAAAAGAUCAUCAAUCAAGUUCCCUGGCUUCCUCCAGUUCCGCUCAUUGCCCAGGACUUGUAACCACCAUCACCUUCAUACUAUCAACGGUUUGGCCCUACAUUCUGGUCUUGGCUGCUCACGUUGCAGUCAGAAGAAAUGGCCACAAGUACUGUUGCCCCUCACCAUCGACACAAAUAAGACAUCAUGUGCAACAUCUAUCCCCUCCACACCUGGUGAGGGAAGGGUCCUCAAUGUAGGAAGGUUCCAAGUGGCUCAGAUCCUGGAAGGUGACCCAGUCUCUGUGGCGACGACCCCAGCAGAGUCCAGUGACAUUGAUUCGAUAGACUCUACCAACAUGGAGUCUGCUGAGGAAUUAUCCCUUCUGGGCACGUGCUCUUCCUCAAAUUCUCACUCUUCAAAGAACAGAAAGGAUUCCCUUUCAUUAGAUGAGUGAGUGAAUAAAUGAAUGAACAGAAGAACAAGUGAAUCAGCCAACAGGAUUAUGUCAACACCACACCGAGCAGAACUUCAUCGGUGGGCUCCUAGGAAGUGUUUGAGGCUGGAGCAGGAUGGGAAUUAUAUUCACCCCUGUGGGGAGUUAGCCUUAACUUAAGUAGACUGGAAAACAGGAAUUGGUCUUCGUAAGAGUUUUUAAAGCGAUUUUUUUUAUGUUUAAAAAAAGAAAGGAAAAGAAAAGACAGUAUGGAGAAACAAGACCUGGCAUGGCACAUUAAUACAAAAUGUGAAAUAUAACCAAACAUUAUUCAAAUUGUUGUUUAGAUCUUUAUAAAAAUCCCACCAUGCAGAGUAAAGAGAAUAUCUGUCAAAUAUUAAUACUGAAUGUAUUUUAGUCUUCUAAAACUGAUAGAUCACAUUACAAAAUCUGACAGGCAUAGAUAUCUCCAACACACUUAAUUGCAUGUCAGAAACACUUGUCUUUUUUAUCCUCCAGCCUCCAAAACAUAGAUACAGGUACAGCAUAUGAUACCAUUAAAAUACUUACUUCACUGCUUUAAAUAACUCCUACUAUGUAUAGUGUAGCACAUAGUCUAGAAUUAACAGUUAUUUUGUAUUCAGAGCAGAUGAGGCUCUCCUUUUUUCAGGUCUGAUUUGCCUGAAUAACCUGGUUUAUGUUCUCAAUGUAUUAUAGUCAGCUUUUGCUUUUGAGACUGGAACUGGGUCAUGAUUUAAGUAUUAAUAUCAGAAAAGCUACAGUAUAUGCGUUAUGCAUUUAGCUGUGCUGCUGUUGAGUAGCAGUGUCUGAGAACUUGCUUUUUAAAUCCAGAUCCUUCAAAUUUUCACUCUACCUAGUCUAAACAAAAUCUCAGUUUCUCUGUAAAAAAAUUCACAAAAUAUUUCACAGUUUUCUGAAAUGGAAACUCUUUUCUUUUCCAUACAAUCAUCUUCUAGUAUUUAUCAGGUUGUUAAAAAGUAAAGGCUAUAAGAAAGGAUGAAAAACUGUAAAGUAAAAUUUGAAUGGCCGUUUUGAAGAAAUGGACCAUACCAUCCAAUUAUACCCCGUGAACAACCAUGAAUAACCCUGAUCAACAGAGACAGUAGAAUUGCUUUGCUUUUUUCACACCACCUUUCUCCUCACAUAUACUGCAGUUUACAGUUUACACUGCGCUCGCUUACCUAAAUAAACUCAUACAGCACUUAAUUAGCUGUGAGGAGGUGUGAAAGAUCAGGUGAAAAGGCUAAACUGCAUAGCACUUUGGCCCUUUAGUACUGUGUCACAUUAUUAUAAAAAAUAAUAGAAACAAAUUCAUGAUUUAGCUUUAUUACAUUUCAUGAUUACUAGCAUGACAUGACAAAAGUCAUUUGUUUUUUUAGAGAAAGACUGAGCUUCUUAACAUAGCUAACCAGUGCUAGCUAGCUAAUUUCAUAUUCAGGUUGCACUAGCUAUCUUUAUUUAACCAUGAGAAAGACUUCUGGAAGUCUACUAUUUGAACAAAUACAACUGUUUGUCGAAGCAGUAAUGAAAACGUAAACAUUUUAUACAGAACACUUUGCAAAAGUAAUGUUGGUGUAGCAAAUGCUUCAUAGUAAAAAUAUCACAUCUGUUAAAUAUUACAGUAUAUUGGCACUAUAUUGGUACAGUACAUGUCUAACCUAGAGAUAAGCUUUUGUUUUAAACUAAAGAGAAAUAUAAGGGGACACUAAUGACCCAUCAAACCACUGUGAUAUCUCAUGGUUCAUCAUUAAAGCUACCUCCUGGUGUUCCUAGUUGUCACUUAUAUUUACCUACAAUAUCAUUUAUUAGUUUUUUUUUCAUUCUUGCACAAUUUAGAAAGAGGUGUCUGCAUGCGUGAGUUUACACUGAAUGGCCUCAAUGGCCACUCCAGAGAUAAGAAUCUUAUUUUACCGUGAAGAUACUGGUGGUGCACCUGAAAUACGCACAAGCACACUCAUGCACAUGCCUCUGCUUAGAAAAAAAGACAAAACAGAUGAUAAAAAUAAAUUAAUUUAAUUUAUUCUAGUGCACAGCAGAUAUCAUUUGUUCACUUUUUAAUAUAACAAUUGCUGGAAACUACAAUGUGAGUCAAAAGUUCUUAUAUGAACUGCAGUGGUAUUCAAAUGUUGAACAAAUUCCAGAUUUUCAUGUAAAUGUUUUCCUUAUUUUUAUUUUUUGGUCUAAUUUUGAACUCAUGAUGGCAGACAAAGCUUUAAGUAACUCUGUCACUGCUAUAUAUAUGCACAUUUUAUAAAGAAUAGACUUUUAUACAUUAUUUUUCAUUCAGCCCUGAAAAAAGAACAGUAUUUUAUUAUAUUUUGUAGAAUCCGAACUGUGGUUUCUACCCUACUUGUUAAGAUGUUAAUAACUAAACUGAUGUAAUGAGACUGGACAGAAAAGAUUCUCUGUAUCAUUGUUGCUUUUUAUUUAUUUUCAUUAUUACAUAUUCUUGACAUUUGUACUCUUUAAAUAA